CUGAGAGGCAGGGUGGAAAGAACUGGACCCCCUUCUCCCCCACAGCCUGAAACACAGGAUGUCUGCUGUUCUCUGUGUUUCCCCACCCCCGGUGUCACCUCAGCCGGGGUGGGGGGGUGGAUGCUGUGACAGGAAGAGUGUGUGUGUGGGCUGGGUCACCCCAGUGAUUCAGGGUGAGCCUUGGGGCCCGGUGGUUCAGGGAUGGGGGCUUCCGACUGGGUGUUCAUCCUGCUGCAGCUCUGGGGCCUGCAGGAAGCUGUGAGUCUGAGUGUGCAGCAGUGGCCCCCGUUGGUGAGGGCGACCCGAGGCCAGGAGCUGUUGCUGUUCUGUGGGGUGAAGCAGAGUCAGGCCUGGCAGAGGCUGCGUGUGGAGUGGGUCCGGGACAGGGUUGUUUUCUGCCACCUGUUCCUCUCCAACGGCAGCCUCAACCCCGGGGGCUGCGGGUCUCGGGGACAGCUGUCCUGGUGGCCGCCCGCAAACUUCAGCCUGCGGCUGGGCCGUGUGAACCUCAACGACAGCGGGGACUACGUGUGCCGGGCCACCCUGGAGAUCCCCAAAUUGCAAGAGGUCGAGGGCAACGGGACCAAGGUCCUGGUGGAGGCAGGUGGCCUCCAGCUGAAGGAGACCUCCCGGCCUUCGGGGCUCCUGUUGGUGCUUCUGGUGGCUGGGUGUGUGGUGGCAGCCUUGGUGGUGCUGGGUGCUGUGUCGUGGGGUCUCCGCAGGUGUCGACGGGAGGGCUCAGGUGAGAGCACCUGCCCAGUGCCCCCAGGAAAUUCUUUCUACAGCAAUGUCCUCUACCGGCCGCGGGAGACUCCAUACAGGCCUUGGGCCCGGUCUAAGGAGAUCGGCACAGCCAGAAACCAGAGAGCCCAGGCUAUCUAUUCCACCACCUUCCCCAAACCUGCCCCACGCCAGCAACUUCCGGUCUCCAAACCCAGCUCCAGCCCCAGGCCUGGCCACCCUGUCUCUGUCCACCAUGUGUCUCCUGCAAGCCCCAGGAGACAAAUUCCUCUUAUGUUGCUGAGGCUGGCCUGGAACCUCAACCUCCCCAGUAGCUGUCGUGACAAGCCUGCACAGCCAAUCUCUGCUCUAACAAGGCUGUCUAAAGACCCAAAGCUCAAGCCUGUGGCCGUGUUGGCUGGGGUGCUACCAAUAAUGAAGAGUCCCUUGUGGGGUCCAGGGUCCCUGGAGAUGGUCUGGCAUCACACUUUGACUGGAAGAGUCUGAUCCACAUUUGAUUUUUCCUGGCUGCUCUGGAACUCGCUCUGUAGAGCAGGCUAGCCUCGAACUGAGAGAUCCCAACUCAACAUUUUUAGACCCCUAGUGACUAGCCCAUCACAGAGUGACUUGCCCUU